ACUUUAUUUUCAUAUUGGUGCUUCUUCAGCUUCUCUUUUCUUCAAAAAGCAAUUGGUUUUCCUCAUGAUGCCGAGUAUUAAGCCUGAUCCAUCAGACAAAGAUUCAGAACCAUUUGUUGAGAUUGAUCCAACUGGAAGAUAUGGCAGAUACAGUGAACUGUUGGGAUCUGGUGCUGUGAAAAAAGUUUACAGAGCAUUCGAUCAAGAAGAAGGAAUAGAGGUAGCUUGGAACCAAGUGAAACUAAGGAACUUCAGUGAUGAUCCUGCCAUGGUGGAUAGGCUUUACUCAGAAGUGAGAUUGCUCAGAAGCUUAACCGACAAAAACAUCAUUUCCCUUUACAGUGUUUGGAGGGAUGAGAAGCAUAACACUUUGAAUUUCAUCACUGAGGUCUGCACAAGUGGGAAUUUGAGGGAAUAUAGGAAGAAGCAUAGGCAUGUUUCCAUGAAGGCUUUGAAGAAGUGGUCUAAGCAGAUUUUGGAAGGGUUGAAUUAUUUGCAUUUGCAUGAUCCUUGUAUCAUCCACAGAGAUCUCAAUUGCAGCAAUGUGUUUGUAAAUGGGAAUACUGGCCAGGUUAAGAUUGGUGACUUGGGUUUGGCAGCAAUUGUGGGCAAGAGUCACUCUGCUCAUUCAAUUCUUGGGACGCCUGAAUUUAUGGCACCUGAGUUAUAUGAUGAGGACUACACAGAAAUGGUGGACAUAUACUCAUUUGGAAUGUGUGUGUUGGAGAUGGUGACACUUGAGAUUCCUUAUAGUGAGUGUGACAAUGUUGCCAAGAUAUACAAAAAAGUGUCAUCAGGUGUUAGACCACAGGCAUUGAACAAGAUUAAAGAUUUUGAGGUGAAGGCCUUCAUUGAGAGGUGCCUUGCGCAGCCAAGGGCUAGACCUUCUGCUGCUGAGUUGCUCAAAGACCCCUUCUUUGAUGUUCUUGAUAAUGAAGAAAAUGAUGAUUCUGCUAGUUCAUGACAAAAAAUGUUUGAAAUCUACAUGAUAAUAUAUUAAUUCACGUAUUAUUAUUAUUAUUAUUAUUAUUAUUAUUAUUAUCUUUUACUAAAUAUUUUGAUUUAUCCCUUUUUUGAGUUGAUAAGUCAAUUUGGAGUAGGCUUGAUUACUAUGUUAUUGGUUUGAAUUUUCUUUGUUAGACUGGAAGGGUUUGAUUGGAGAUGUGUUAGUUGGGCUGUGAAAUUGUAAAAGUGUUGA